AUGGGGCCAUCAGCUUUCGUUGUCAUCUUGACCGCACUACAAAUGACAAGCGCCAAUCUCCCACCAAAGUUUACCAAGACCAUCGACCUAACUGUGAUACCUGAAAAUACUCCUAUUGGGACGUCUGUAUUUCGCCUGGAAGGAUCGGACCCCGAGAACUCCCCCGUCUAUUACGGUCUUGAGGGAACAAAUCUGCUAGCCGUAGAUAGGGACACCGGGGAGGUUACCGUAAAAAAUAACAUUGACCGAGAGGACACAGACACCCUGAAGUUUUACGCAACACUAGAAGAUAUAGUUGGAGGACAGCACGACAACAAUCUGGUCAAGGUUCCUGUGAGCGUUAUAGUUCUCGAUGUGAACGACAACGUUCCUCGGUUUGAGAACGUGCCUUACGAGGUGAAACUCAGCGAGGAUACUCCUAUUGGGAACACAGUAUUCAACGGCAUCAAAGUGACAGAUAUCGAUGCCGUGGGGAAUGUACUGCAGGUUCAGUGUCUUCAUGACUACGACAUUCCAGAAACGUGCGAUACCUUCACAGUUGUCGUGGCAGAAUCCAGCCCACAGGCACUGAGCGCGUCGCUAGUUCUGCGAAAACCUUUGGAUUACGGGAUUCGCUCUGUGUAUCAAGUGAAACUUUCUGCUGAUGACGGAAUGUUUAACACCACAACAGCCGUCGUUGUCAAAGUGACCGAUGUCCAAAAUCGACCGCCAGUUUUUCUCGGAUCCAUGUCUUCAGUGGUCAGCGAAGAUGUGCCUGUGGGAACUUAUGUCAUGACCGUGAAAGCUACGGACGGGGACCGUGGAAUCCCAAGAAAGAUUCACUACUCAUUGGUUACAAAUCCUGAGAACUUCUUCGCCAUUAACAAAAACACGGGCGUCCUAACAACUGCGAGCUUGCUGGACAAAGAGAAGUUGGGGUCGUCCAACGGCGUCGUCACGGUCAAAAUAAAGGCGUCCGAGAUGGACGGAGACACCAUCCUCGAUUUACCGGGCUCCUCGACGGUCGCAGCACUGGCGAUUACCGUCCGAGACGUGAACGACGAAGCGCCCACGUUCAGCAGUCCCAGUUACAGCGUGAACGUUAACGAGAACAUCCCGGUUGGCAGCCCCCUGCCGAACCUCGACAUCUUUGUUCAAGACACGGACGCCGGUUCCAAUUCCGUCUUCAACAUUGGUCUGAUGGACGCCUCUGGCAUGUUCGCCGUGGAACCGACCAUCGCCACUGGCUCGACGUCUGUCAGCAUCCGGAUAAUCAAGGGGCCCUUGGAUUACGAAAACCCCAACCAAAGAAAGUUUAUCCUGUUGGUUGUCGCCGAAGAAGCGUUCACAAAUCCCAAGCUCUCUAGCACGGCUACUUUGACAGUCAAUGUUCAAGACAUCAACGAUAAUGCCCCGAUCUUCGAGCAUGAAAGCUACUCUGCUUCGGUCGUCGAAGACGCUUCUCCUGGGAGUGUUGUUACAACCAUCGCCGCCACGGAUAGAGACACUGGUCCUCAAGGAGAAGGUGGUCUUAUGUACUCUUUGCUCGGGAAUGGCGCUGAAAAGUUCUACGUCAAUCCAACCUCGGGUGUGGUGACCGUCGCCCCUUGUGAGACCCCCGGAAGGGGAAACUGUCUGGACUUCGAGGCGAGGUCCUCCUACUUCCUGUCUUAUCAAGCGACAGACGACAGAGGAAGGGGUCAGAGUGCGGUCGUGCCUCUAACCAUCAUGCUCAAAGACGCGAAUGACAACCCUCCGGUGUUCGAACAGCAUCUCUACUCCGCCGUUAUCGAUGAGGGCGAUGUUCGAUUUGAUCCUCCUCUUAGAGUUCAGGCCAGAGAUCCGGAUGUGACAUCCACCGUGAAAUACAGUAUUGUCUCCGGAAAUAGUUACAAUUUAUUCACAAUCAACUCCCAAACGGGCGACAUCACUGUGACAAGCCGGCAAGGACUGGAUGUGUCUCUCCUGAGAACGGAUCUAAUCACCCUCUCUGUUCAAGCCUCCGACAGUGGGUCGGGUAUCGACACAGCUGUGGUCCAAAUUACCGUCAGAGAUGCGAACAACAACAGUCCAAUCUUUCAAAAGAAGGGAUAUUUUUCUUCGGUUCCGGAAGCAUCCCCUCCAGGAACUUUGGUUGAACAAGUAUCGGCUCACGACGCCGACACUGGUGCAAAUGCUGUGGUGACGUACCGAAUUCAGAAAGGAGCUUUUGAUGAUUUUGUGAUCGAUGGCAGCACUGGUGUCGUCUCUCUCUCCCCAACAAGCAAACUGGACUAUGACAGACGGAGUUACUAUGUUAUGGAGGUCAUUGCUGUGGACGGUGGAGUUCCGGAGAAGACAGGGACCACGACUCUUAGUGUUAAUAUUCUAAACAGCAACGACAAGAUGCCGUACUUUCAACCCACCACCCAGAGGACGCAAGUUUCUGAAGGUGCUCAGAUUGGACAUGGCUUCUAUGUACUGAUGGCUAAAGAUCCUGAUGCAAGCUCAAGGGAGUUCCUCAAGUAUGGGAUCGCAGAGCCCAUCACAGCCAUUGCCAAAGAUGGGAGAAAUGUCAAUGGGUCCAUGCAAGCUUACAAGGGUUUCUUUGACGUAGACGCAGACACGGGAGAAGUAAGAGUGGCCUCCCGUCUAAACCGAGACGCCGCUGCCGUGGUCAUGCUCACUACUGUCGUAACGGACGUGAGCGCCAUUCCAGCGCAAACCGGCUUCGGCACUUUGGUGGUGACCAUCGUGGACCUGAACGACUUCCCGCCAUCUUUUCCGCCCCCCUGGAGCCCUGACCACCCGGAACUGUCGAUCAGCGUCAUGGAGGAACAACCCAUCGGGAGCGUGGUUGCCUCCUUCGUGGCAACCGACCCAGAUUCUAAUAUUGCCAGUUACUCCAUCGAACCUGAGAAUCGUUACUUUUCUAUCGACAAGCUCUCGGGUGUGGUGACAAUCAAAGAUAGGGUAGACUAUGAGCAAGUCCAAGAACUGAGGUUUGCUGUCGUCGUCCGAGACACUGGAAUUCCACAGUUGUCAGCAGCAGCGUUGGUCACAGCGAACGUUGUCAACAUCAAUGACAACGACCCUAUAUUUUCGCAGAGAGCUUACCACGCUUCAGUUCAAGAAAACGCACCACAAGGCACGUUUGUCACUAAGGUGGAGGCAAAUGAUAUUGAUGCUGGCGAGUUUGGUUUCGUCUUUUACUCACUAAUCGGUGAAAAAAAUACAGACUUCAACAUAAAUGACAAGGGUGAAAUUAGGGUGGCAGGAAUGGCGAAUCUUGAUAGAGAGGUCACCACAGCUAUUACUCUCCAAGUAGUGGCUUCUGACAUGGGUCACGACAAAAGCACCCGACGUUCAGUCUCUGUUCCGGUUUAUUUGACUCUGCUCGACGACAAUGAUAGCCCGCCAGUGUUCUCAAAGAAAACCUACGAGGCGUCAUUUGUGGCUAACAGUCCGUUGGAAUCUGCACAGAGCAUCGUUCAGGUUUUCGCCACAGAUGCUGAUGAAGGAAUUAACGCCGAAAUUCGAUACUCUAUCGUUGCUGGAAAUGAAAAUGGUGUGCUCGCGGUCAAUCCGAAGACCGGCAUAGUGUACCCCGUGAAAAAGUUGGAAAGCUAUCGCAAGGAAUACCGCAUUGGUCUCGAAGCAAGAGACGGGAACGGAACAGGUCCCAACACAGACAGCUGCGUCGUUCUCAUCAAGUUGAUUGAGAUCAACUUAGACAAGCCGCACUUUGUUACGCCAUCACUUCCAAACGCUACUGUCGAAAUUCCUGAGAACCAGACGCAGUCGGAUGACGUAAUAAUGACGGUGGAAGCCGUGGACAAGGACCACGGUGACAAUGGCCUGGUGUCGUACUACUUCAAAGUCGGGGACAGAAACGUCGGAGACACGGACCAGUUCUCCAUCGACCCAAUGACGGGGGAAAUCAGGACCAAAGUGAUCCUCGACAGGGAACUGAGACCACGCUAUGAGCUAGUUCUAGUGGCACGUGACCAUGGAAAUCCUGCACCGUUCGAGACGCUACGAUUUCUUACUGUAGUUCUAAAGGACAUUGACGACAAUGCGCCUCUGUUCCCUCGAACUAAGGAAAGCAGCCCGUACAUGUUUCACAUCAAAGAAAACCUAAACCCAGGUUUCCAUGUCGGUCGUGUUCAGGCAAUUGAUCGGGAUGUAAAUGAAAAUGCAAUGGUCUAUUACUACAUUAUAGAUGGGAACUGGAACAGAGAGUUUACGAUUGACAAACUGCAAGGAAUAAUUUAUUCAAACGCUUCAUUUGACCGAGAAAUCAAGGACAUGUAUGAGCUUGUUGUGAAGGCGUCCAGCAACCCAGAUUAUCUAGUAUACACGAGGCAUGCCGAUGGACUCGCCCCAAGCAUACGAAGCUACAGUGAAGCGGACCGAACCGUGGCUCUUGUAAACGUCCGCAUUGACGACGUGAACGACAACCCUCCGAAGUUCAUCAAUGCACCAUACUUUGCAGGCCUUCGCUUCACAGCGGUUGAAGGAGACACAGUGUUCACAGUGAAGGCAGAGGACCCGGACGAGGGCCAAAGGGAGGGCGCUCCAGUUGCCUAUCGGGUCGAACACGUGACCUUGUUUCUGCCGGGAUCGACAGGUGGGAUCAGGCCCAUCCCGGCGUCUUUCAACAUAUCCUCGGACGGCCGCGUGUGCGCCACCCACCCCAUGGCGCAGUACAGUCAAGCGCGCUUCACCAUCGCCUUGGAGGCUAAGGAAACAAUGCCUCCCCACCGCGCAACGAGAACAACGUUAAAGGUGUGGAUCUACGAGCCUGAGCAACUGGUUCGUGUGAUCAUUGCUCAACCUCCUGAAGAGGUCUACGCCGACCAGAAGCAAGUUGUGGCGGUCCUUUCUAAUGCUACAGGAGGAACAGUGGUCAUCGACAAACUGAAAUACCACAUCAACGACAAGGGAAAACUCGUGAAGUCCUGGACGGACCUUUAUGUCCAUGUUUUGGACAAAAAAGAUCGAGUGAUUCACACACCGGAAGUCUUGGAAGCUGUUGAUUCCAACAUUAAGCUUGUGAGGUUCCAGAAUCCUGAACUUCAAAUCCACAAUGUCUUGCCUGCAAAGUCUGGAAUUACGAAAGCAGAAUUUGACCUUGCUCUGGCAGUUCUCAUUGCAUUGCUCGUCGUAAUUUUUAUUGGUGUUGUGACAAUGAUGGUUUGCUGCACCUGUUUGAAAUCUUGGUAUGCAUUCAAGGCAAAAGAGGCUUUAGUUCGUCAAGAUGAGAGCCCCCCGGUGACUACCACAGAAAAUCCACUGUGGACAGAACAGAAACUCAAGAUCUAUGAGGAACAGGAACUGAGCAUGAGCGUUGCCCCUGACAACAUGGUGACUACAGAAGCGGAUAUUGCUGCUUUCAACUUCAAUGACGACUCGGGCAGUGCAGUUUAUGCAACACUACGAAGAAACAGCAUAGGCUGUAUGGCCGCUGAAUCAAGAAAUGGCUAUUCCACACUGAAUCGUCAGCGACCCACAUCACGAAGGCAGAGAGAGCCCGACGUAUCUGAUAACCACGAAUAUCACGAACUUCACAACAGUAUGCGUCCGUCCGGCGACACACCCUUCAGCACGUUCCGACCAACGGGGAAGUCUACACCGACCGAAGCUCGACCUUUUCAGUCAUCGAGUGGCGGCAACGAACCCGUGCUAGUGGCGGAGCUCUUGUAACAAACGUCUGGUAGUACUACUGACUCCGUAAAAAAGGGGAGCCAGGGUAGCACCAGUGACUGGUUUGAACUCUAACCGAAGUGGAUCAAGCUGGUUUAAACUGGAGUCUAUGGAAAGAAGGGUAACGUGGGACAUACCUUCUCGACGCAACACUGUGUCCAGCACGACAAACGCCAAAUUUAGCUUCAAGCUGCGUAGUAAGACAUCUACGUGCAGAGGAAGCAUAGUAUGCACCACGCUUUAUUGAGGCUGGGGCAAAGUGCUCGUCAAAGCUGUGCCUAAAGCAAUACCUGAGAGUGACAGGGUAAGAGUUCCAGGGAAGCUCCUCCCACCUCUUUCCACUUUAGUGGAGAGAAUGCUGGAGGGGAGGUCGCCUCCUCUCCUGCGUUUGCUCUGCUUAAGUGGAAAGAUGUAGGAGGAGUUUUCCCCGAAUUCUUAACCUGUCACCAACAUAGUACAUCCAAUCCCUCAGAGCCAAAAGGGAUGCCAUGUGAUGACUUUCAGUUUUGACUUGCGGUACAUUUACCACUUUUGUUCUACAUGUGAUUAUCGAGUCUCCUAGCAGAACCCUGGGGAUUUUCGCUAACGUUUAGCCGACAUGAAGAUCUGCCAUUUGCCAGCAUGUAAGAUUUGCAACUAUUUAUUUGUGUGAAUGGAGCAGUUUCUUUACCAGUCUUUUGCGAGCGCCUAAUAUUUACACGCUUCUCAGUGGAGGUUGCGAAGAAUCUCAAAAAACAACUUGUAUUACCAUUAUCUCAUAACAGUGCAAAAAUGUUUGGAAAUGGUUGCAGCCACAAUCUUUCUACUUACUGGUUCCACGAAAAUGGCAACUCAAUAUUUACUCGUGAAAUGAAACAUUUAUGCUAGUGCAUCGAAUAGCAAGUGUUUUUUUUUUGUUUGAAGGGUCCUCAUCAUACAUAUUCUCUGAUCUCCCAAAGUGCACUUGCAUAGGACACCCAGUGCCACGUUUGUUUCUAUUUUUCUAACAGUGGCUAUCACAGUCCCAGCGAGACUAUGCACAGCUGUCGAGUGAUUAUCAUUUUUAGAAACUACUGCCAUGCGAAAGGUUAACACGGUGUUUGGUCCAAUCAUGUUCUGGCAAAAUGUACACGGCAAAAUGACAUCCAUUUCACGCUACAGGUGCCAAGGAGUCAGAAAGAGGGUGUAAAUGUUAAACACUAAGAAUUAAACAAAAAAAUUCAUUGAGUUAUUAUUUAGUACCAACUUUUUGGGGGACAAAUAAACAGUUUUCCAUUUGGCAAA